AGGGCGCCGGAGCGCAGCGUUCUCCUGGCCCCGAGCGGGUCGUCGCGCCUCAGGAGCAGCCCUUCGGCCAGCAGUUGCCGCCGCCCCGACUUUCCGUUCCAGUUGCGUCUCCUCCUCCCGGGCAACAUGUCACAAGCCGCCGCCGCUCCAGCUGCCGCCGCCACCUGGGGAAGAGCAGCAGCAGCGGCGGCUGCGGGCACGCGGGGGCAAUAGACCGAGCCACCCGGGCGUCCGGCGGGCCGGGGGACCCUCUCUGCGCUCACUGUUCCGGCGGGACCCGCGCCAUGUGCUGAGCCAUGCUCCUGGCCGCGCCCGCGGGCAGCGCAUGGGGCAGCGCCUGAGCGGCGGCCGAUCCUGCCUCGAUGUCCCGGGCCGGCUCCUACCGCAGCCGCCGCCGCCCCCGCCGCCGGUGAGGAGGAAGCUCGCGCUGCUCUUCGCCAUGCUUUGCGUCUGGCUCUACAUGUUCCUGUACUCGUGCGCCGGCUCUUGCGCCGCCGCGCCGGGGCUGCUGUUGCUGGGUUCGUCCCGCGCGGCACACGCCCCGCCAGCCCUGGCCACAGCUCCGGGAGGGACGCCCCCGAGGCUGCCGUGUCGGGCGCCGCCGGCCACUCCGCUGGCUGUGGGCCCGGAGAUGGCCGAGGGCGCAGCGAGCCCGGAGGAGCAGAGUCCCGAGGCGCCGGACUCCCCCAGCCCCAUCUCCAGCUUUUUUAGCGGAUCCGGGAGCAAGCAGCUGCCGCAGGCCAUCAUCAUCGGCGUGAAGAAGGGCGGCACGCGGGCGCUGCUGGAGUUCCUGCGCGUGCACCCCGACGUGCGCGCUGUGGGCGCCGAGCCCCACUUUUUCGACCGCAGCUACGACAAGGGCCUCGCCUGGUACCGGGACCUGAUGCCGAGAACCCUGGAAGGGCAGAUCACCAUGGAGAAGACGCCCAGCUACUUCGUCACGCGGGAGGCGCCCGCGCGCAUCUCGGCCAUGUCCAAGGACACCAAGCUCAUCGUGGUGGUGCGAGACCCCGUGACCAGAGCCAUCUCGGACUACACGCAGACGCUGUCCAAGCGGCCCGACAUCCCCACCUUCGAGAGCUUGACGUUCAAAAACAGAAGCACGGGCCUCAUCGACACGUCGUGGAGCGCCAUCCAGAUCGGCAUCUACGCCAAGCACCUGGAGCACUGGCUGCGCCACUUCCCCAUCGGCCAGAUGCUCUUCGUGAGCGGCGAGCGGCUCAUCAGCGACCCGGCCGGCGAGCUGGGCCGCGUGCAGGACUUCCUGGGCCUCAAGAGGAUCAUCACGGACAAGCACUUCUACUUCAACAAGACCAAGGGCUUCCCCUGCCUGAAGAAGGCCGAGGGCAGCAGCAAGCCCCACUGCCUGGGCAAGACCAAGGGCAGGCCCCACCCCGAGAUCGACCGCGAGGUGGUGCGCCGGCUGCGCGAGUUCUACCGGCCUUUCAACUUGAAGUUCUACCAGAUGACCGGGCACGACUUUGGCUGGGAUUGAAUGGCCCCGGGCUGUGUAACUUACCAUGUGGCUUAUAUAUUGAGAGAGAUUAUAUGUAUGUAAAAUGUACAGAAAUCUAUUUUAUAAUAAUUUAUUUUUAAUUCAUAAGCAAUUAAUUCACUAAGCUGCCUAGCCACACUCUUUAGAGAGUUAGCUUCGUAAUCUGUUAACAUUCCAAAGCGUUUAACUCUAAUAUCUUGUUCUAUUCUUCACAACUGAUGGUGCUUCCAUUUCUUUUCUCCCCUGCCUAUUAUAUUUAAAAAGAAGAAAAGCACAACGUGAGAUUUUUGUUGUUACGGGUAUUCAGCCUUCAAUCACCGUCUGAGUUCUCCAGUUGCUGCCUCCUUGUUGGGUCUUGGGUCUCCUGUUCCAGCUUCCGUGUCUCUCCCUGCCUGUGUACCUCGUAGGAGCGCUGAGCUGCCUCAACAGUGCUGUCUUCUGAAGGUCAGACCUCAUGUGGUAGUUUCCUUGCAGAUGUGGCGUCCUUUCCAAUUUCCAAUUCCAAACCACAGCGCCAGGGUUUUCCCCCACCUCCACUCAGCACAUGAGGGAAUCCCUCACCUUUACAGG